AUGUAUCAGCACAUUAUUAUUUUUGCCCCUUCUGUUAGAGGUAGAGUUUUCUGAUUUUUUUAUUUUUCAAGAAUUCGGCGGCAACAUCGAUGUGAAGAAACUCACUCGUUUUGUUGACGAGGGUGGAAACAUUCUCGUUGCGGGAAGCUCGGAUAUCGGCGAGGCUAUCAAAGACUUCGGCAGCGAUUGUGGGGUAGAGUUUGACGACGAAAAGACUACUGUUAUCGACCACAUGAACUAUGAUGUGAUGGAUGAGGGAAAGGUAACUGUUUUUUUUUCUAGUCCCUUUUACUUCUUCAGCACAAUCUUAUUAUUGUCGGUCCGGAAAAUAUCGCUGACGUCCCAGUUAUUACGGGCAAGGUUAGCAGGCCUUUGCUCUAUCGCGGCAUUGGGUAGCCUUUAAUUUUAUUACAUUAUCUCCUAGAAUCGCUGUCAACCCCGAAAAUCCCCUGCUGGUUAACAUUCUCCAUGCAUCCGAUACUGCAUACUCCCACUCCCCAGAUACACCGAUCACCAACUACCCAACAACCGUCGGCAAAAAUACGCAGUUAAUAACAGGCCUGCAGGCCAGGAACGAUGCUCGAGUCGUUUUUGUUGGUUCUCUGGACUUCUUCUCUGACGAAUUCUUCUUGUCGGGUACGGUUCACAGCCAAACGGGCAAGAGGUAAUUCACUUACAUCCUAUGAAAGUAAAGGAGUAACCGCACUUUACUCCACAUUAAUGUACUCCCAACCGAGACAGGCAAGCCUGUCUGAUUCGGCUUUGUCACAAACACUGAGCUCUGAUUAACGAUGGCCUUUUGAAACGUAGCCCCAAAUAGGCGAUUGUUUCCGAGCGUGCUUUGUAAUAGGCCUGUAGCACAUGUAGAUAUAGCCUCCUUCCUGAUGUCCACGAGACAUACUGAGAUGUGCGGAUGAUGUAGGGCGGAGCUUGUCGGUAGAGAUAUAUGUGAGUACGGCUUCAUCAAGUAGACCUUGUGAUCGAUAUUUUUCGACGCAGUUCACCUUCGGUGUCCGCGCCAAGCACAUCUCAUAGGCAGCAUAAACUAGAGAACGCAAUACCAAAACGUCAAUUUCGAUUAUGGCGCCACCUAAAUCUCCAUUGUGACUCGGAUUCUUCACCUUUUCAGCAUUUAUCGUCGUCAUUACGCCGAAUAAUUCCUUAAACUGUCGCUACCUUCCGAUUUUCGACCACUUCUCACUCGUCGCCAUUUCUUCCUUAAUUAAGUUCUCAGUGUCUUUUCGUAUUGUCACUUUUCAGCCAUAACAUAUCAGGGAACCGAGAACUUUCAGAAAACCUUGCCCUCUGGACCUUUAAAGAAACUGGUGUCCUUCGAGUGUCGUCUGUGCAUCACAAUAAAGUCGGUGAGAAGGAUUCCAUGCGGGAGUACACCAUCAAAGACGACAUUAUCUUUUCUAUUGACAUCGAGAUGAAGGGUUUGGAUGGAACCUGGAAGCCAUUUGUAGCCGACGAUGUUCAGGUGGAACUGAUCCGUAUUGACCCCUUCAUAAGGCGAACGCUCCCACACAAAGGUAAUUUUGCCUUGGCAGCUUACAUAAGCGCAUACUUUACAAAGCUGCGGGAUACAACUUGUCAACUAUUUGCUUGGAAGAUUGCACCUAAUCUCCACUAAAUUAUUAGCUUCGACUGGCUCAUUCUUCGCCAAGCGUGUUUUUCUCGUUUUAUAGUGACUCAAAUCUUCAACUGUUUAUCUAGCUACAUAGAUCAGUAGAAGUCGGCGAGCGUCUGAUUUCUCGCACUUUAUAGUUGACUGCAAAGUUUUUUUGAUUAGACUAGCGAGUUAGCACUAUGGGAAUAUGUAUUCGCCUACAAAUGAGGUGCAUACUCUUUCCUCUUACCAAAGGCAACAAAUACGAGGUCCAACUCAAGCUUCCAGACGUUUACGGUGUUUUCAAACUGGUCGUUGAUUACCAUCGCACAGGGUACACCCACCUCUUCACUUCUAACCAGGUUAGUCUGUUCGAUUUUAUGAUUCCGCCAGUGACCUCUUAA